GGUGGGGAAUAAAGCAAAAACUUUUAGCUGUAACAGAACUGUUAAGAGCUGAAAUAUCAUGGAAUAGUCCCUGAAUGUCGAGAGGGGCAGAGAAUCCCAUUACACUGCGACUGACAACUUGUGCAUCGCCUUCAAAAAUAACCAUCGAAAACCCCUGACCAAGCUAGCAUGACUGCCUCUCUACGUGCCAUCCCUUUCAGAACUAGUAGAUCUGUUAUCCCUCUAAUUCUUCUGCAACUCCAUCCCAUUGGAUAGCCUUGGGAAUUCCUGGCAAUUGCCGCAAUAGAUCCUGUCCUGUUGCGCCUGUUGACCCCUGCAUCAAAGUUAAGUUUGAUAAUUCCUGAAGGAGGAGGAACCCAGGUUUGCAACCAGGCUUAUUGCCCACUCGUUUAUUUGAUCCAGAAAAUGGAAAUCUAUAUUUAGAGGCGGAUGAGUGGCCAUACAAAUAACUUUGGCAACUAAACUACAAGGAAUUGACAUCACAUUGCAAAUCGAAAUUAAACAAAAACCGAUCUGCUGCGGACCCUAUCGGUUCAUAGUUAUUCUGAAGGCAAAGGAAUUUCCUUUUCUUUUGUUCACUUCUCCGAGUUGAUAGCUACUGUGAAAAAUAAAGGGAAUUGUAAUUACUAGAGCCAAAAACAAUUGCAAAAUUUUUGUUAAUUCCAUCAUUAAAAAGAAAUUAAGGAAAACUUGCAUCAUCAAAGGAACGGAACCAUCACUCCCCUGCGUCUCUGCUCUCUGUUCUUUAAAAAUGCAACAAGCCCACAAAAACCUCUCUCUUCAGCGCGCGUCUUCUGUCUCUCUCGACACAUAAGCUCACCCCAAUUUUUGUCCAUUUCUCCCCCAACAGAGACUACACAAUUCGCACCGUCCAUUUCCUGAAAAUAUGUGCUCUGCUUUGUCUGCUAUGUCUUGCUAUCACCACCAAACCCUCUCUUUCUCUUAGCUCUUCCUCUUCACUCAUGACCCCCAAACCCACCGCAACCCACAAUGGUAACCGCUAUCCAGAAAACCCACCAAACUCCCACUCCCCGUGUUUUAAUCGUCGGCAACUACUGCCACGAUGUUUUGAUCCAAAAUGGCAUCGUCGUUGGCGAAUCUCUCGGCGGCGCCUCCUCGUUUGUAGCCAGCGUCCUUAAUGGGAUGUCAAUUCCUUGUAUUUUAGUUGCGAAAGUUGGCCACGAUUUUAGAUACGAAGUUAAUCAUAGCCCAAUUUUAGUGUCUGCUUCCAAGACGACUGUAUUUCAUGCCUAUUUUGAUUCGGGUGUACACGACAAUGGAAACCAAGAUACUGCGCGUGAUAGGAUUAGCCCGAUCGAUCUUCCUGACGCGAAGUUCGAUUUUGGAAUGGCGGUUGGGGUUGGCGGGGAGAUAUUGCCCGAGACGCUUGAGAGAAUGAUUGAGAUUUGUGAUGUGGCUCUCGUGGAUAUUCAAUCUUUAAUAAGAGAUUUUGAUGCCGUUGAUGGGACUGUUAAGCUUGUUGAGUUACGAGAAACAGGGUUUUGUUCCCUAUUGCCUCGAAUUGGGUUUUUAAAAGUGUCAUCAGAGGAGGCCAUGUUCAUGGAUGUGGAGGAGGUGAGGAAGUGGUGUUAUGUGGUGGUGACGAAUGGGGAAGAUGGCUGUAAGGUGUGUUGGAAAGAUAGGGAGAUGGGAAUCUCGCCCUUUUUGGCUAAUCAAGAGGAUCCCACGGGUGCAGGGGAUAGCUUCUUAGGUGGUCUGGUGACGGGCUUGGUUCAAGGAUUGGCUGUCCCUGAUGCUGCCUUGCUGGGUAACUUCUUCGGUUCGCUAACUGUUGAACAAAUUGGAUUGCCAAAGUUCGAUCCGAGGUUGCUGCAGAGAGUGAAGGAUGAGGUUCAGGGGAGGAAAAUGCAGUGCUUGCUUUAUGAGAGGAAUGAUGAUGAGCUGAUGUUCUUGAAGCCAGCAGGGCAUGAACAGUUCCAUUCUUCCCUUGGAGCAGCAAAAUUAUUAACUCGAUGUGCCAUUCAAGAAUCCACAGAUUGCUCUGGUCAACCUAAAUUAGCUGUUAAUCCUGUGUAUGAUGAAGCAAUGCAAACAGUUGAGAGAAAGCCAUAAUACAGUUGGAGUGGCAAACUGCUCCUCAUGGUUCUUUUUCUUGUAUCGAAUAAAGCAUCCAACAUCAAUGCUCUGUUUCUAUUCAUAAUUCAUUUGGUGCAUUAUCCUGAAUGUCAAUUUAAUGUUGUUAAUGCAUUUAAAAUAAGAUCUUAUGUAGUGCAUGAAAGUUGCUGAGUUUCUGAAUAGCAAAGAAGCUUGUAAUGAGAAUUUUAGCUUUAGUGUUAGCUGUAUGAAUAG